AUGAGACGGCUCCAGUGGAAACAGUGCUGGCUCCAGUGGAAACAGUGCUGGCUCCAGUUGAAACAGUUGGCUCCAGUUGAAAGAGAGCUGGUUCCUAGAGAGAAAGUUCAAAUGAGUGGGACAAGGCCUUAUGGAGCUGGUGCUGGUCUCUGGAAUAUGGGAAACACGUGCUACGUGAAUGCGGCACUUCAGUGCCUGACAUACACACCGCCUCUUGCCAACUAUAUGCUGUCCCGGCAGCACAAGCCAACCUGUCACGGCCCAAGAGUCUGCAUGCUGUGUGCUAUGCGAUAUCACAUUAAUUGGGCUCUCCACCACCCUGGGCAGGUGUUCCAGCCUUCAGAUGCCUUCACUGCUGGCUUCCACAGACAGAACCAGGAAGAUGCACAUGAAUUUCUCAUGUUCGUUGUGAAUGCCAUGCGGAAGUCCUGUCUGCCUGAGUGCACACAGUUAGAUCUUCACUCUGAGGACAGGGACCUAAUGCAUCAAAUAUUUGGGGGAUACUGGAGAUCUCAAAUCAAGUGUCUCUGCUGUGGAGGUGCUUCUGACACAUUAGAUCCUUACCUGGACAUUACUCUGGAUAUCAAGGCGGCUAAGAGCGUGAAGCAAGCUUUGACGCAAUUGAUGAAGCCCGAAAAACUGAUUGGGAAAAACGCCUAUGAUUGCAACAUUUGUCUAAAAAACAUGCCUGCUUCCAAGACACUGUCUUUACACACCUCCUCAAAGGUCCUUAUCUUUGUAUUAAAACGGUUCUCAGACUUCAAUGGGGAGAAAAUGUCUAAGCAUGUGCGGUAUUCUGAGUGGCUUGAUAUGCAGCCGUAUGUGUCUGCACAGAACCAGGGAACACUUAUGUACACCCUUUAUGCUGUGAUGGUCCAUGCUGGGUUGAGCUGUCACAAGGGACAUUACUUUUGUUACAUCAAAGCUGGGAAUGGCCAGUGGUACCAGAUGGAUGACAACAAAGUAACUUCCUGUGAUGUCACUGCUGUCCUGCGUCAAGAUGCAUACGUUCUCUUUUAUGUCCAAAAGAGUGACCUUGUAAGGGAUAGUAGUGAGGCAUCCGCAGGCAGGGAAGCAAGGGUUCUUGGGCUUGAUGACAAAGACAUGAGAAUAGCCCAAAAGCUUCAAACAGAUUUCUACGGAGAAGUGGUUUAG